AAAACUGCUCUGAUGCUAUGUGGGUGUUGGACAGACUUUAAUAUAUUUACAUAAACCUAAUAGAAUCAUGAAAAUACUAUUCACUGAUGUAGCGAAAUUCGCAUAGAAAUUCAAAUUUUCGUUGAAAGUAACAAAGAAUUGUCCAAUUUUUUUCGACUUUCUUAAAAUAAUGAUAUACCUAUCAAGUGGAUAGAAGCACAUAACAUUUUAAAACACAUGCUCACAACAAUUUUGACACAGUGGAACAUAUUAAUCUCAUUUCUGAGAUAGAAAUUUGAACAUAAUUGUAACAGGAAGUGAUGAAGUACAAAUUCACUUUACUAACACCUUGGACGCUUUUGCCAACAUCAUUGCCGGAUAAUGACUGUGAAGACAAAGAGGCGACAUUAUUUUGCAAAUUAUUAAGUGAACGUGUCGAGAAUCAAUAUGGCCGCGAGGUGUUUUGGCCAACUGGUCGUGGAGAAGCAUUUCUACAGAAUUCUUUCAAUUCAUUUGAAAAUAGAUUUCUGAAGUAUUCACAGUAUGCUUUAUUGAUUGUUUCUGGUGAAAAUGCUUCAUGUCUGGAUCAUAUUUAUCCUAGAUUUCUGGUCUUUUUUACAGCGAAACAAUCAUGGGCAGAUAGAAUUAUAAUUGUAUUUCUGAAAAAGCCUACAUAUUCGUUUAUUUUUGAUACAAGUCUGUUAAAGCAUCCACCGAUUGUAUUCAAUGGUGAUUCCUCUGAUCAGUGGAAUAAUGAUAAAGAGGCAUGGUCACAGAUCAUACAACUGAUAGAACAAGAAUAUACGCCGGAUAGUGCAGAGACUUAUCAAAAAUAUCUUUUUACACCAACUGAUUAUUAUUUUGGUGGAUGGAUGUCUGUAACAGACUUGAGAGGACAACCGUUAGCUGUAAGAAUCACUAGUAGUUCAAGUCAAACGGAAUCAAUUCUCUCCAGUUGGAAUGAUCUCCACUGUUCUGAACUGACCAAUAGAAGUGAUCAUUCUCCCUGUAUGAAACAAUAUAGCUCAUCAAAUCCUAUUGGACAACGACUGAGCCAAUCAGUAGCUGACUUUAAACAUUCACCCACACAGUCACAUGGUGAUUCUUCUCGUUCACAUUCACACGUGAAUAUUUCCAAGCGUAAUCGUAAUAAAAGCUUAAGCCCGAAACGUCUUUCGAAAAGUUGUCAAGAUCACAACAAUACUUUUUGUGGAAUAAAACACAGUUAUUCACAUUCAUUUGGAAGGCAUACAUGCAAAUUUAUCAAUUACACUGAAGUUAAAUGUCAAAUUGACGACGCAUCACAUUAUGAAACUACACUACUGGAAUCACGUAAACAUGUUAAAACUCACCUCACUUUCGAUGCCAAUCAAAUGUGUGUACCACGGAAAAAGUUAAAGUUUCGAUCGUGUGAAUUUUUAGAUGACGUCAAACCAUCUUGGAAGAUAUUUCAAUCGAAUAAAUCGCCAAAUGUUCAUGAUGGAUCUGAGUAUAGCAGUAGUGCUGUUACACCAGAUCUUCCAAUUAAAAAACAUCACCUGAGGUCAAAAGGAUUGAUUAGAAGACGAUAUCAUCUUUGUGAUGAAUCCAAUUUAUCAACAAGGAAGCUGAUUAAACUCUUUAAAUUUCGAAGAAAGAAAGAAGUUCACUUUGGGAAUAGUUCAAAGUUUGAACUUGCUAAAGCUGUCAAAACAUUAUCAGAUGUUGGUCAAAGUUUGGCUGAAGGUUCCGUAGGUACAAUAAGAUACUUAGAGAAACCUGAAGAUAUUGAUGUCAUCGAACAACCAUCAUGUUCCUAUGAAACAAGUGUUUCAAGUGUACAUACAAGAACAGAGCAACAUAUCGACUUGAAAAUCAAUUACAAUUAUAUUGGUUUUGAACAACACGUCAAAGAUGUCAGGGAUGAAAACUCUCAAGUUACACCUAUACCUUCAGCGGAUUAUUCCGAUUCCGGUCAAUGGAGUAUGAGUCAGACUACAGGUGAAGAUACUACGAAUAAUUCAGCACAGCAUAUUCUUUCAGGUUCUGAAAGUCCCUUAUUCGACUUUAUUGACAAUCAGCAUCAGUUUGGGGAAACACCUUUACAGAAUGCAGUCACCUCAUCAAUUAGACCAUGUGAUUUAGGAGAAGAAAUAAAACUGUCACCACAACUACCAAAGGAUCAAACGCCUACACAAAUGAUCCUAGUAAUGGGAAGUUACAGUCCUGCGAAUGACUGUGUAUCAGGCUCCUCCGAACGCUCUUAUACAAAUGAACAAACCGGUGUAAGAACUAAAUCAAUGUCAGAUUCCUAUGCAGAAGAUAAUGACUCUGAGGUAACAUUGGAAAGUGUACCAAUGGGAAAUACUCUAAUGAAGGAGUCUUUAAUGACUCCGAAUUUAUCUAAUCACAGUUAUCAAAUACCUUCACCGAAUUCGAAGUCUUUCUCAGUAGUUUCGGGAGAGAAUAAAGACACAUUGUACAGCUCUCAACUUUCGGAAAGUAUUAACACCUUUUCUCCACAGAAUUCUCCUUUCCAUUUGUAUUCUUCUCAAGGAAAAAAUGAAGAAUAUUCAGAAAAUGUUAAUAAAACUUUCACUGAAGGUAUUGACUGUGGAUUAAGUCACCUUUCGACUUUUAAGCCAAAUUCAUCUGUUUCGUCUGCAUUUCACAAAGACUUUCCUGACGAGGAAGUAAGUAAAUCUACAAAAGAUUGUUAUCCAUCUGAAGCUGAGAUGUGCAGAGUAGCUACAAGCCAUUCAGAAAGGAAAUCAAAAGAUCCACCCACCUGUGAUAGCAGUCAUCAAUCUCUUGAGAAACAGCUAAGUUCUUCUCCGGGGAAGAUACCAAUCAGUGUUGUUCUUCAUAGUGAAGUACCAACUUCUUCGUGUACAAAAGAUGUGACUAAGUUCGACCAGGGCAGCACGUAUAAUGUAACGGUGACAAAAGUAGAAACGUCUGAAGUCCGAAGUCUAUUACUGACAGAUUCUACAAAACCGCAGGAUCAUAGUCCUUCUGAAGCUGAAGACAUGAGCAGAAUGGUUAGUGAACUAGCCGAUGUUAAUGCAAAUCUAUUACCAGGUGGGAAUAUUCAAACGUCUGAAAAUUCGCAUCAUCCUAAUGACAUUCAUAUGCAUUCAGAUUUUGACACUAAUGAAAAAGUUGCAUUCAAUAAUGAUUUUAAUACACAAAAUCUUGUCAAUACCACAGUUCCAUCUCGGCCCGCAUCUCAUUCUGCAUCAACAAAUGUACCUGAUAGCGAUAACAGUGAUGCUCCAGUCAAUAAGACUGAUGUAAAUAAUCCCGUCAAUGAAACAUUGGAUGGUUCAGUAGAACACAGUGGUGAUCACAUGAAAUCUAGUGUUACUUACAUCCGCAUUAAUAGUGUAUUCAAGAUGUCAGAAAACCAUCCAGAAUCGGAGACAACUGUGUCAUCGUCAGCUGUAACAAUUGCACGCGAUAUCACAGAACUUCCAGCCAGCCAGUUUCAUACGUUUGCGGAAAAUAAAACCGUAGAUUCUUUGACAGCUAAUCACAAAAUAAAUGAAGGCGAAACAUCAACAUGUAAUCAGUUAGUGGAUUCAUCUGAUAACCUACCCCAUGAUCUACCAACCAGCAAUCAACAGGACAAGAUAAAUGAAAUACAGGUAUCAUCUUAUACAGAACCGGAACCAGUAUCUCAAGAGAUUUUCAAAAAUACUAUUCCACCCAGUGAAACAUGUAACAUCAAGACUAUAAGACUACCAAUGGAGCUUGGCGACAGUACUUGUGAGCUAUCUGAAGGGAAUGAAAUAUCCCGAAACAACAAAGAAGGACUAGAAAAAGACAGUGUGAGUCAACUUCAACCAAAUGAAACUUCUGAGCACUUACCAAGUGGACUACAUGAAGAUAAAACUAUUGGGCCUUCAUUGAACUAUCCCUCUGGCAUAAAGGAUUAUCAGAGUGAUGAUAUUUCUACAAUGAAUCGUGUUACGGAUCAAUGUGGUUUGGACACAUCUACGGAAGGAAAAGACACUCCUGAUCAGUCAAUCAAGAAUCAUAUAUUUUCCGAUCAACAAACUGAGGUAAAUGCAUUCCAAUCGUUGCCUUUCAGUCAAACUGGGGAUUAUAAUAUAGAUGCCCAUAAUAAUUCUGAUGCAGUUACUGUGGAUAAGGAUGACUCCUUGAAUGCACAAAGCCUUUCACAAUCAAAAGUGGAAUCAUUGACAGAUCCUGACAUCGUUGAUAACAGAAAACAGUCUAACACGGAGUGUGUCAAUGUAUUCAUUAGUGGAGAAGAACAAUCGGUUGACUCUGGAACUAACCAGUUCAAUAUUAUGAGGUCCUUCUUACCAAAACAAACUGAAGCUGCUGAGUCAACGGUUAUCCUCACUAACCUUGUCCCUAAGGAAGAACUUGAAAAUGAUCAUUCUUCUGCAGUUAGUGAGAUUUCCAGUCAGCAACCGCUUACUUAUAAUAAACCGUUUCCUGACCAGAAUUCUACGGAUGAUCACACCGAAAGUAAUGCUUCAAUGUUUUCUUCCUUGAAAACGCAUGACUACCAGUCCCCCGAAGAAGAUGCAUUGGGUAAACAAAUUUGUCAUAACACUGAUGAAAUGGCUUCUUCAUCAGGUGAUCAAAUAGCCAUUAAAAACGUUGAGGACGUUUUCAUCAAGCCAAGUGGAAACUUGCAUUUCGUCAGUUUCGAUUCGUGUAAAAAUGCAGAAACAACUGUUAAACCUCAACAGGCUAUUGAAGAUUCCACAGCUGCUAAUUCUUCGUCCAUUGUUUCUCCGAUAACAGUAGAUCCUAGUCAGUAUUCAGUUGCAUUGAUUAAUAUUCCAGUAAACAAAGACGACGUUUUUGAAAAUGUUCCACUGGUAAGUGAAAUAUCGCCUCUCAUCAGUAGGCUGGAACAAUCUGCUACUUUAAUGGCAUCGGUGCCUCAUACAAGUUAUUUCCCAGUUAUAAAUCCAUCUGAAUUCGAAGAUAAGGAUCUCACGAACAAACCUGGAAUCCUACUUGAAGAGAAAGCCUACAGUGAUAGAGCUGAUAAUCAGAAGACCUUAGGGCAUGAAAGUCCUACAAAAAGUGGAGAAGCAGUGUCUGAAAUCCACACGCUUACAUCUUACGAUAAAGAGGCUAGCGAUCGAGAGAAUUCCGUUGACUUAUGUCAAGUCACUCCAGUGAAAAUCUGUGCCUUAUAUGCUACAAACGAUGGCAGACCACAAGAAAAUGUUAACAAUGACAGCGGUACACUCCUAAGCUAUCAAGCGAAACCUUCUUCACCCACGGAUGAGAAUAAUACAACGGUUGACAGUGAUAAUUCGGAUAAUAUAGUUACCGAUUUUAAAGGCAGUCAGUCUACACCACCUCUGAGUUGGGAUAGUGAACGAUCCGAUUAUUCAAAUAUGACUUAUUCACCCACUGUGUAUUUGUGUAACUCUGAAACCAGCCUACAGGUAUCAUCAUCUAUUAUAAAUUCUUCGUCACAAUUAGAAAAUGAUAUGAGCAUGACAGAUAAUACUGCCUGUUGGCUAAAUCAUAGUUUAAAUGGUGUUGAGUUCGUUAUCACAUCAUCAUCAUCACCAACCGCAGAGAAAGCAGUUGCAGAUGAAGAAGACAGCUCAUCAUGUACAAUGAAUCAGAUAUAUGUGGAUGAUAAAUAUAUCCUUCAAUUACCACAGCACAGUAGAAUCGGUGAUCUGUCUCGAAUUCUGAAACUGAUGAAAAUGCUGAUGGAAGUAUCUGUAACAGACGUUUCAUUUUCACUGGAUACGCUUACAACAUCCUCACCUCAUUCUUUCAUUUGGCAACACUGUAUGUUCCAAGACAUGUCUACUGGUUGUAUGGUGCAACAUUUACACCAAGGGAACAAUUACAUCAGAUAAUGGCUGGUCGAGGAAUGCAAUUCCGUGUUUCUGGAUUACGUGAUCCAGUCCAUGUAGCUGGUGUUUUCAUCGGUGUCACUCUAGCCUCACCUUACAUAAGAACAUGGCCUCAUCUGCUAUCCGGAUUGCUGAAUUCAUCAGAAGUCUCUGUAUUUCGACCAUUCUAUUGGGUAGACAGACCUAUACUUGAACAUAUUGGCUGUUUAAUCUAUGCUCUACCGUCUUCCAUUCGUUGGGGCAGUACAGUGAUAAUCAGUUCUUUCAGACAAUAUCCUUGGUCGCUGGCCAAUCCACCAUCGAAAUCUUCAUCGUCAUGAUCAACAGACUCCGCGAAAUAAUUAUAUUCGUCUUUUUACAUGUUAUGUUA